ACGGCACGACCGCCUCGACCCGUCCGUCUGUCCAUCCCUCCAAAAAAAAAAAAAAAAAAAAAAGAAACCGCCACAAAGCUUCGGGAACCGUCGUAUUAGGUAUCGCAUGUCCGAGCGACCCCGACGCCUUAUUUAUUUACCUGUCGUCUUUCCUCUUUCGGAACUCCUGCCUGCUGGUUACCUCAAAGGGGAAACUAUCUACAAAAGGCCCUUUUCCGCCCCGCCCACUCGGACACACAGAUAGGCAGACAUAUAUACACACACACACAUACGCACAUACGCAACCAUGUCGCAGACGCCCGUAAAGGUUCCCGCGUCGGCGGCUGCAUACACGCCUGCUACGCAGGACCAAGACCUGCGAUCGCAAAUCAACGCGCUCCUCAUACGGGAAGGCCACAUAAACAAAAUCCAAGAGCACUUCCUGCACUCCCUCAACGCGCACCCCUCCAACUGGCCGUCGGCCGUACAGUCGCACGCGCUGGCCCUCCUGCGCAGCGGCGACGUGACGACGUUCCCCGCGCUCGUCCGGCGGGUUCUCGAGGACGUGCGGCACGACACCGCCGCGGCUAGCGACGGCACCCCUACCACCACUACCAACUCCAACUCCAGCAACAACAGCAGCACCACCACCACCACCACCACCACCAACGGGAGCAGCAAGACCAACGGCGCAAGCACCACCAACACCAACACCACCGACGGCACCCUAGCCAUACCCCAAGCCGUCGUCGACGCCGUCCUCAAAGUCGCCCGCGAGUGCCUCGAUACCGUGUGCGAAGUCGACGACGGGUCGACAGCCGGCUAGGAGACGCGGCUGCGAUCGAGGACGUGCGCCGAGUCUAGGAAGGUAGUAGCGGCGGCGACGGCGAUGGAAGCCGCCAUGGGACGAACGAAAAGAACGAGCCAAAAAUAAAUAAA